GGUCUAAGUUCUUGUUCUUCGUUCCCGUUUGUUCUGGGACUGAACAUCGUUGAGACGAGUAGCUAAGUUGUUUCGUAAAAUUGUGUUUGGAAAUAGUAAAUAAAAAAACUAGUAAAUUUGCUUCAUCAUGGCUUUACACAUUCCUAAAGCCCCGGGAUUUGCCCAAAUGCUGAAAGAUGGAGCUAGGCAUUUUUCUGGAUUGGAAGAGGCUGUAUUUCGCAAUAUCAGUGCUUGUAAGCAGUUCGCUGAAACAGUACGAACUGCUUAUGGACCCAAUGGGAUGAACAAGAUCAUAAUAAACCACAUUGAGAAACUUUUCGUAACAAAUGAUGCUGCUACUAUAAUUAAGGAGCUGGAGGUGGAGCACCCAGCAGCAAAACUUAUGAUAAUGGCUUCAGAAAUGCAAGAGAAAGAGAUUGGUGAUGGGACAAACUUUGUCAUUAUAUUUUCAGGUGCUUUAUUAGAAGCUGCUGAAGAUCUUUUGAGAAUGGGUCUCACUCCCACAGAAAUUGUUGAGGGAUAUGAGAAAGCUUUGUCUAAAGCUUUAGAAAUACUUCCCACUUUGGUGUGUUAUGAGGUCAAAGAUAUUAAAAACGAAGCUGAAGUGAAGAAAGGAAUCAAAACAGCUAUAAUGAGUAAACAGUAUGGAAAUGAGGACUUUUUAACAGAAAUAAUUACCAAAGCCUGUGUGUCUGUUUUGCCUGAAAUAACAAGUUUCAACGUUGACAAUGUUAGAGUUUGCAAAAUAUUGGGAUCUGGCUUAUUCAACUCUCAAGUUGUCCAAGGAAUGGUCUUCAAAAGAAAUGUAGAAGGAGACAUCACAAAGAAAACUGGAGCCAAAAUUGCAGUAUUUACAUGUGCUGUUGAUAUUACACAAACAGAAACUAAGGGAACUGUAUUGAUAAAGACUGCAGAAGAGUUGAUGAAUUUCAGUCGUGGAGAGGAGAGCUUGUUGGAAGAACAGAUCAAGGCUAUUGCCGAAUCUGGAGCUGACGUAAUUGUAGCUGGAGCCAAGUUCGGUGAUAUGGCGCUCCACUAUGUCAAUAAGUACAAAAUGAUGGCUGUCAGACUCAACAGCAAGUUUGACUUGCGCAGACUUUGUAAAGCUGUCAAUGCUACUGCACUACCUAGACUUACACCUCCAAACAAGGAGGAACUAGGCUACGCUGACACUGUAUGUGUUGAUGAGCUCGGAGACACCUCUGUUGUAAUAUUCCGAGUUGAGGCAAAGGAGAGUCGCAUAUCAACAAUUGUUGUUCGUGGAUCUACGGAUAAUUACAUGGACGACAUUGAGAGAGCUAUUGAUGACGGAGUCAAUACAUUCAAGGGGCUAUCAAAGGAUGGGCGGCUGGUGCCUGGAGCAGGAGCGGUGGAAAUCGAGUUAGCACGGCAAGUUUCCUCGUAUGGAGAGACCCUGCCUGGUCUAGACCAGUAUGCAGUGACAAAGUUCGCAACAGCACUCGAGAGUUUUGUGAAAACUCUCUCAGACAACACUGGUGUAAAAUUUAAUGAAGUUAUUUCCAAAUUGUAUGCUGCUCAUCAAGAAGGCAAAAUUAAUUAUGGAUUUGAUAUUCAGGAUGACAGGGGAGCGAUCAUAGAUGCCAAGGAAGCUGAAAUUUUCGACUUGUACUUGACAGUGAUGUGGGGUCUAAAGUUCGCCACAAAUGCUGCGUGUACGAUCUUGAAAGUUGAUCAAAUCAUUAUGGCAAAGAGAGCAGGUGGACCUAAAGCUCCUAGCAACAGACCUAAAAAUGAUGAGGAAGACUGAAAUGUUCAAUACACUAACUAAAACUUCACUGGAAUAUGUUAACAUAUUAACAUUUUUUUAUUGUUAAAAACUAAUUAUUUAUAAAUAAACGUUUUUACAAUAAACCAACUAGAAUUUCAAUGGAACAUGUUAACAAAUUAACAUUUUUUUAUAGUUUAAGAGCUAAUUGGUAAACAUUAUUAUCUAUUUUGCUUUACUGUUUUUAUCAGUAUUCUAAUUGUAUAUUUUGUAAAUAAAUAUCUAAACCAAA